AUGAACAUGAAAUUCAUGCAGAAAGCAGAAAGCACUCAGGUGAGCGAUAAUCGUGAAGAACAGAGGCGAAAAAUUGAUGACGUCUCCGAAUGGCUGUUGCCGCUGCUGUCAAAGAUUUUAAAAUUGGCACAGCGUAAACCAAAGAUUGAAGUACUCGGAUAUGGGUCUAUCAUGAGUGAUCGAAACUAUACGAGCCGAAAGUCAUGGAUCGCGGCUACAAAUAAAACCGAUCUUAAUAAUGAUGAGAGAUAUGAGCCUAGUCGCAGUCGACAUAAAGACGUACCGAAUGUUGGAGAGCUUGAUACACUUUGGAGGAAGAGAAAGCCGGAAGGCUCUCCAGACAGAAGAAACAAGAGGCGAGCUACGUAA